CAGUGGGAGACAUUGUGAAGGUCAUCAACGGGCAGUAUCUUCCAGCAGACAUGGUCCUGCUCUCCACCAGUGAACCUCAGGCAAUGUGUUAUGUCGAAACAGCUAAUCUAGACGGGGAGACAAACCUGAAAAUCCGGCAGGGUCUGAGUCUCACCGCUGACAUGCAAACAAGGGAGGUAUUGAUGAAGUUAUCUGGAAUUAUAGAAUGUGAAGGGCCCAAUCGCCACCUCUAUGACUUCACUGGAAACUUGCACUUAGAUGGGAAAAGCCCUGUUGCCCUUGGGCCUGACCAGAUCUUACUAAGAGGUACACAGCUUAGAAAUACUCAGUGGGUCUUUGGCAUAGUUGUUUAUACUGGACACGACACCAAACUCAUGCAGAAUUCAACAAAAGCACCUCUCAAAAGGUCAAAUGUUGAGAAAGUGACCAAUGUGCAGAUCCUGGUGUUGUUUGGCAUCCUCUUGGUCAUGGCCCUGGUGAGCUCGGUGGGGGCCCUGUACUGGAACGGGUCUCAAGGUGGAAAGAACUGGUACAUCAAGAAGAUGGAUGCGACCUCGGAUAAUUUUGGAUACAACCUGCUGACUUUCAUCAUCUUAUACAACAAUCUCAUCCCCAUCAGUCUAUUGGUGACUCUUGAGGUUGUGAAAUACACUCAAGCCCUUUUUAUAAACUGGGACACAGAUAUGUAUUACAUAGAAAAUGACACUCCUGCUAUGGCCAGGACAUCAAACCUUAAUGAAGAGCUUGGGCAGGUAAAAUAUCUAUUUUCUGACAAGACUGGAACUCUGACGUGCAAUAUCAUGAACUUUAAGAAGUGCAGCAUUGCUGGAGUAGCCUACGGUCAUUUCCCAGAAUUGACAAGGGAGCCGUCCUCAGAUGAUUUCUGUCGGAUGCCCCCUCCCCCAAGUGACUCGUGUGACUUUGAUGAUCCCAGGCUGUUGAAGAACAUUGAGGAUCACCAUCCCACAGCGCCCUGCAUACAGGAGUUCCUCACCCUCCUGGCUGUGUGCCACACCGUCGUUCCCGAGAGGGACGGAGACAGCAUCAUCUACCAGGCCUCGUCCCCAGAUGAAGCUGCUUUGGUGAAAGGAGCUAAGAAGCUGGGCUUCGUCUUCACGGCCAGAACGCCCUACUCGGUCAUCAUAGAAGCCAUGGGACAGGAACAGACAUUUGGAAUCCUUAAUGUCCUGGAAUUUUCGAGCGACAGGAAAAGAAUGUCUGUAAUUGUUCGAACUCCUUCAGGGCAACUUCGACUCUACUGUAAAGGGGCUGAUAAUGUCAUUUUUGAGAGACUUUCAAAAGACUCAAAAUACAUGGAGGAAACACUAUGCCAUCUGGAGUAUUUUGCCACAGAAGGUCUGCGGACUCUCUGCGUGGCUUAUGCUGAUCUCUCUGAGAAUGAUUACCAGGAGUGGCUGAAAGUCUAUCAGGAAGCCAGCACCAUAUUGAAAGACAGAGCUCAUCGGUUGGAAGAGUGUUACGAGAUCAUUGAGAAGAAUCUACUGUUACUUGGGGCCACAGCCAUAGAAGAUCGCCUUCAGGCAGGGGUUCCAGAAACCAUAGCAACUCUGUUGAAGGCAGAAAUUAAAAUAUGGGUGUUGACAGGAGACAAACAAGAAACUGCAAUUAAUAUAGGGUAUUCCUGCCGAUUGGUGUCACAGAACAUGGCCCUUAUCCUAUUGAAGGAGGACUCUUUGGAUGCAACAAGGGCAGCCAUUACUCAGCACUGCACAGACCUUGGAAAUUUGUUGGGCAAAGAAAAUGACGUGGCGCUCAUCAUUGACGGCCACACCCUGAAGUACGCGCUCUCCUUCGAAGUCCGGAGAAGCUUUCUAGAUCUGGCCCUCUCGUGUAAAGCGGUCAUAUGUUGCAGGUAG